GUUUGAAUGAGAUGAUUAAGUUUGUCAAGCUGGCCCCCAUCGAUCAGGAGGUCUCCAAGAAAGCCAAGAAACGGCAGGAAGGAGGAGGGAAGAAGAAGAAGGAGGGAGGAGGAGGAGGAGAGCCCAACCUGCCCAACGACAUGGAGAACAUGUCCGUCAACGACUCAUAGACUAAAACACAUCAGCUGCUUUUCCUCAUUUUCCUCACAG